AUCCGAGCACAAUAACAAACAAGAUGGUAGAUAUUGUGUAGUUGUGAGUGUGAGUUGUGUGGCACGAAAAGGGCACUAAAAAGUUACUUGCGUUACAAACAGAAAGACUACUGUAGUUAUAUCGUUGCUAAACAACCAAUUAUUUUGACUCAACAAAUUUCUCGUAACCAGGAACAAAAUGGAUGAAAACACAACAAAAAGCAACUUAAAACAGUCUACUCUUGUUAAAAGACCAGCACUAAUGAGCGCUCCAACUGGUGCUGCCAGAAAGAAGCAUCCAAUAAAAGCUAUUUUGGCUGGUGGCAUUGCUGGCGGUCUUGAAAUUUGUUGUACAUUUCCAACUGAGUAUGUUAAAACUCAACUUCAACUUGACUCGCGAGCUGAAGUACCCAAAUAUAAAGGACCUCUUCACUGCGCCACUGUUACAGUAAAAGAACAUGGAUUUCUUGGAUUGUAUCGAGGUUUAAGUUCUUUGCUCUAUGGUUCUAUUCCCAAAGCUUCUAUUAGAUUUUCAGUCUACGAAUUCUUGCGGAAUAACAUGGCAGAUUCCAGAGGUAGACUGUCACAAGUUGGAAAUUUAACAUGCGGUUUAGGAGCUGGUGUUGCGGAAGCUGUUUUAAUUGUAUGUCCUAUGGAAACAGUGAAAGUUAAGUUUAUUCAUGAUCAAACACAACCUAAUCCAAAGUACAGAGGUUUUUUCAGUGGAGUAUGGACUAUUAUAAAAACUGAAGGUAUAAGAGGUACAUAUCAAGGACUGACAGCUACCAUUAUUAAACAAGGUUCUAAUCAGGCGAUACGAUUUUUCGUUUACAAUAAUCUGAAGAGUUACUUGCAAGGGAGUGAUAACACGAAAGAGAUUGGUGCUAUAAAAACAUUCGGAAUUGGUGGAAUAGCUGGAGCUGCUAGUGUGUUUGGAAACACACCUGUUGAUGUAGUGAAAACAAGGAUGCAGGGUUUAGAAGCUAGUCGGUACAAGAAUACACUAGACUGUGUUAUGAAAACAUGGAAGGAGGAAGGUGCACGAGCAUUUUACAAAGGAACAGUGCCGAGGCUUGGCCGCGUUUGUUUUGAUGUUGCCUUUGUCUUUACCAUUUACGAACAAGUUAUGAAACUAUUAGAUAAAGUCUGGAUAACAGAGUAAAAUGGAUUUGCAAAUGUUGUGGAAAAUUGGUUAGAAUCAAAUUUUUUUAGGAAAAACAAAUUUCAUGUAUAUAAUGGUGUUGGUACCAAUAAUUAGUCAUUUUUGGACAAUAAGUUUAUUUUAGAAAGCAGUGCGAGAUACCAAGUUCUAGUUAGCUGAUUUAUAAAUGUUUGUAUUGAUAGUAUCGAGGAGUACUGGAAAAUAAUGUUAAACUGUGUACAUUAAAGUGACAGAAAAUUUUAUCUGUCGAAAUGUUAAAACUAUCGAAAUUUUUCGUUCAUUUAAAAUAAUGGUUAAACUUUUAAAUCAAAAGCUACAACCCUGUAAACAAUAUUUGGGAAAUUGUCUGUUUUUUAGCUCUUCUUCAAAAUGUUCUACCUGCACUUACAACAAUUUCCGCAUUGUGAAAAACAAUCUACUCCAACUACGCGAAAAGGUCCGAAAUAUGGUGGAAUUGGGCAUGGCUGGCGUCAGCAAAAAUCAACAUCCUGAUGUUGGAUCUAACUAAAUAACCUAAUUCCUAAGUCUGCUGUGAACAGUGACAAGUUCGCAGUGCGUGUUGCUUAGAUAGAAGCGGCGUUCUUAACAGUUCGUGCUUGCGAUCUUUGAAAUUUCGCCCUUUUUCCCAAUAUAUUAUGUCUAGGGUUGUAGCCAUAGUUACAAGUUUUAAAACUGCAAGCGUUUUCUUGUUUCUCUUUUUGAGAUAAUGAAUUACCCACGUUUAAACAACGUGUAGAAACAACCCCUGCUAAACUGGAUUUCCACUCAAGAACAGAACAGAUUGGACAAAUGUGGUUUACGUAAUCUGAUUGGUGAAUAAAUUUUUCGUUUCGAUUUAAACUGAAAGUUGGAAAUCUUUUCAACUUUUCUUGUGAACAGAGAAGAGAAUAAAUCAUAGAAAAAAAGUUUGAAUUGCAGAAUAGUUAAUCAUAUUAAAGUGUCUUGCUUUCCUUUAAUUCGUUUUAUUCUUGAGUUGAAAUCCAGCAUUCUAAUUGUUUCAAACUUUAACCUUUGAUGACCAUUGAACCUGUUGAUAGCAACAUCGCUAUAAACAAAUUUGAGGAAUAUACUCACAGAAAUGUAUGCUUUUAAGUUAAUGUGAAUAAAAUUACAGGCUAAUGCAACAUUAUUUUAAAUUACAAAAUGUCAUGCGUUAAAUCUAGGUUGAUAUAACAGUUUUCCUGAAAAAUUACCUAAAAAAAUUGUUUCAGAAACUAAAAACUGUUUGAUACAGUUUUAAUUCUAACUCAAUACAAAACCAAUCUAUUUUCAAGAAACCUAAAAGAUAAAAAAAGAAAGAUAAAAAAUUGUAAAAACAUUAGUUAACAUUUAUACAAAUUUUGGAGGGAUUUGUAAAGGAAUGGUUGGACGAAUUAAAAAAUAGAUUUUUUAUGCAAAAAUGGAUUUGUAAAAAUACAUUUAAAAAAUGUGAAAGUAGUGCUGCCUUUAUUAUGGUGAAUGAAAUUUUUUCUCCGUAAAACCAAAGAGAUUUCUUUGAACUCGGAUUUUUUACUGGAAAAGUAAAACCAAGACCUUGUAACAACCACGAGUAAAAUAUCCUACCAUACAACCUCGUCCACAGAACUUUUUUUGACAUUAGGACGGCGAUUCUUAUCGUCAGCCAUAUACAAAUGUACAUAGUUACUGUUGUAGCUGUAAAUUAUUUUUGUGUAACAUAUGUAUGUUAUGCUAUACUUCAAAUGAUGGCUUUGUUUUCAACAACUCUGAAGUCGAACCCAUUCUCUAGGUUCUUUUGGAAAAUCGAGUUGCUAGGAGUUGACUGUACUACAAUUUCUCUUUUUUAUCUUUGCGAAAAUAACGUCGUUGGGAGGAUGUGUUUUGUAUGUGGUGUGUUAUGUGUUUUUUUCUAGAAAUGUAACUUUAAAAUAUGUUUGACAUUACGACUCAUGCUGGAAGAGAGGAAUGUAUUUAGGUAUAUAGCUAUAGUUUUUAAUGUGUAUAACUUAUUUGUCUCUUUUGAAUGUUUUGGACUCCUUUAGCUUUAUACAUUAGGGUUUUGUAUGCUUAUCAUUUUUGAGGAAAACAUAAUUUAUGUUUUU